UCCACCACCGUGAAACUCCGGGUAAAUGACUGGACGCAAUGACAACAACAGCGCUUCAUGUGCUGUAGUGACUUUCUAUUCGGAUCUCCGCUAGGGCAGUGUAAUUCUUAACUUUCUAUUUUCUCCAACAAACGAAAUGACACAAGCAGAAAGAGAACAAGAAAAUGGAAAAGAGAAAGAAAAGGAACGUGAGAAGGAGAAAGAGAAGGAACAGCGUGGCGUAAAAAGGCCGAUAGUUCCACCCGUCAUCCCAGAGCCUCUUCAAGAGCAAAUCCAGAGUAAUUUCGUCGUGGUCAUACACCCGGGUUCUAAAACGCUGAGGAUUGGACGAGCCACAGACAACCUUCCUGCAACCAUUCCGCAUGUCAUUGCCCGAAGGCAAAAGCAAAGUGGACAGCCUCGGUACGAGGACCCUUGGCUCAUGAGAGAAGGCCUCAACAGGCCAGAGAGCAACGAGCAGAGACAGAAUGGUCUUAAAAUGGUUGACCAGGCCAUAUGGUCAAAGAAAAUGUCCAACGGGGUGAGAAGAACUCCAGUCUCUGCUGAUCAGGCAAGGUCUUACAACAGACAGAUAAGACCAGCAGUCCUGGACACCAGCCCUAGAGUGAAGUGGACCAACACAGCUCAACACCCUGAGUUUCUGGUGGGGGAAGAGGCUGUGUACGUGAACCCUGCAGACUGCUACAAUGUUCACUGGCCCAUCUGCCGGGGCCAACUGAACAUUCACAGUGGCCCUGCUGGCUCCCUCUCUGCUGUGCUGGCUGACUUGGAGGCCAUAUGGUCCCACGCUGUACAGAAGUUUCUGGAAAUCCCUCUGAAAGAUCUCAAGUAUUACAGAUGCAUCCUGUUGGUCCCUGACAUUUACAACAGACAGCAUGUUAAAGAGCUGGUCAACAUGCUUCUUGUGAACAUGGGCUUUUCAGCCAUUGUGGUUCAUCAGGAGUCGGUGUGCGCCACAUUCGGCAGUGGGCUCAGCAGCGCCUGUGUGGUGGACGUGGGGGAUCAGAAGACCAGCUUGUGCUGUGUGGAAGAUGGUGUGUCCCAUCGAAACUCCAGACUGUGUCUGGCAUACGGAGGCUCUGAUGUGACCCGAUGCUUCUUCUGGCUGCUGCAGAGAGCUGGUUUCCCCUAUAGGGAUUGCCAGCUCUCAAACAGAAUGGACUGCAACUUGUUACAGCAGCUAAAGGAGACCUUCUGUCACCUGGACCAGGACAUCUCAGGCCUUCAGGAGCAUGAAUUUCGAACACGGUUUCCAGAUUCUCCUGCUUUGCUCUACCAGCUUCGACUUGGAGAUGAAAAACUACAGGCCCCAAUGGCUUUGUUCUACCCGGCCACCUUUGGGAUUGUAGGACAGAAGAUGACCGCCCUGCAGCACCGCUCUCAGGGUGACCCCGAGGAUCCUCAUGAUGAGCACUACCUGCUGGGAACUCAGAGCAAACAGGACCAGUCUUCCAAAGCCACAGCGGAGCGCAAGGCUUUAGCCAAGCCCUCUGGGUUUGACGGGGAGUCCUGCAGCCAGAGCGCAGACCCCACGGACCGGGGCCACUCCCAUGACAUGGAGCUGGGACAGUCCCAGGGCGACUGCCUGCUGGGUGGGACCGACAUGGAGGAGCCCCCCUCCGCUCUCCUAUCCCGAAAGACUGCCAUCACACAGUUUGAGGGCAAGGCCCUAGGCAUGGACAAGGCCAUCCUGCACAGCAUUGACUGCUGCGCAUCGGAUGAAACCAAGCGCAAGAUGUACAGCUCCAUCCUGGUGGUGGGAGGUGGGCUGAUGUUCCACAGGGCUCAGGAGUUCCUCCAGCACCGGAUCCUCAACAAGAUGCCCCCUUCCUUCCGCAGGGUGGUGGAGAACGUGGAAGUUAUCACGCGCCCCAAGGACAUGGACCCCCGGCUGAUCUGCUGGAAAGGGGGGGCAGUCCUGGCCUGUCUGGACACCACCCAGGAGAUGUGGAUCUACCAGCGGGAAUGGCAGCGAUUCGGCGCCCGCAUGCUGAGAGAGAGGGCGGCCUUCGUCUGGUAGUCCAGAGCUGACCAUACCGGAACUUUCACCCAGUCUGUUUCUGUGUUCUUCAUUUUUAAAAACAAAAACUAAUUUGUAUACAGUGUACUGUAUAUCAGAAUGUAACUAUUUCAUUAAUUCCCUGUCUAUUUUUAAAAUUACAUUCAUGGAGACAUAUUGUAUAGGAAUUUGUGUAUAUACCAACCUUAGUUGAUGAUAGUUUUUCUUUUGGAAAAUAAAGCUUUUUUUGUACACUGCU